GACUUAGACUCUCUUGACCCACAGACUCAAUUGCUCUUAGUGAGCGUUAUAUCAAACAUGUUAAAAUCAGCAAUCACCAAACCUCGAGUGAUUUUCUCGGGCAUUCAACCAACGGGCAUACCUCACCUCGGAAAUUAUGCCGGCGCACUUCGACAAUGGGUUAAGCUACAAGAAAAGCAUAAAGAAGACAAGCUUAUCUACUCUAUCGUGGAUCUCCACGCUAUAACGACACCCCAGCCGGCGGAUGUGCUAAGGAAAAGCAAGAGGGAGGCAUUGGCUGCCUUGUUGGCAAUUGGCAUUGAUCCUGAGAAUGUUGCUCUGUUCUAUCAGUCUUCUGUGAGAGAUCCUACACCACCAACUCGCUAUCUCGUUACUGAUGGGAAAGGUGCCCGCUCACUCAGAACUCAUGUGGAUUCUCAGUUGUACAGCAUCAGUGGGAUAUUUAUCAAGAAUGACACAGUGGAAGAGCAAACUAAACAUUAGUGACAAGUCGAACAUGAACGAUAAAGCAGCCAGCAACCUUAAACUCGGUCUGUUUUCAUAUCCCGUUCUUCAAGCCGCCGAUAUUCUUGUGCACAGAGCAACUCAUGUUCCCGUUGGUGAAGAUCAGAGACAACAUCUCGAGUUUGCGCGAGAGUGUGUCACAAACUUCAACGCAACUUACGGGAACCAUCUAGUACCCCCCCAAACUACCACCUCUCCUGUGCAACGGGUAAUGUCUCUCCAGAACCCAACAGAGAAAAUGUCAAAGUCCAGCAAGUCACCGAAAUCACGAAUCAGCAUCAUCGACUCGCCUGAAGAGAUCAAGGCCAAAAUCAAAGCUGCAACAACAGACUCCAUCCCGGGGAUAAAUUACAACAGAGAAGAACGACCUGGAAUCUCGAAUCUGCUUGAUAUCAUGGCCAUUUUCGAUCCAGAGGGGAGAAAGGCCCAAGAGCUUGGAGAGCAGUAUAGCGAUCUUUCACCCAAGCAGCUCAAGGAGAUGGUCAGUGAUGCUGUCAUUGGUGGGUUAGAUGGUAUUCGUGAUCGGUAUGCCGAGCUGCUGGAUAAGGGGGAUAAGUACCUUGAUUCGAUCGAGGCAAUUGGUGCUGAAAAGGCACGGAAGAGUGCUGAGGAAACCAUGCAGGUUGUCCGAGAGGCUGUUGGGCUAUAAAAGAAUUCCAUAUAAAUCAUUUGUACAUUAGAAACUGCUUUUCUGAAGACUACGGUUCGGAAAUGGCGGGUGUUGGUUUCCACAACUCUUGCAUAAAGUUUCACAGAGAUGGGAAAGGGGACAAGGGCAUUGAAUGUCAUAUCAAAUCAUACUUGGGGAAUCGUUGCUAAGAAGAAUAAAGUUCGUAGUCCUUAAACACCCAUAUCAUACCGUAACCGAUCCCGAUGUUCGUCCAACUCUUCACUCCAUCAUUCUUUUACCAAGCCAUAGAGAUGAGAUGGGCG